AUGAACAUUCUUCAGCAGCAGAGUCUUCGCCUGCCUAACUCCUCCUCCAGCGUGUCCCUGUCCCACAGUGUGUCGUCCGCCCUGGCCCCCCUACCUCCUGAGCUGAGGGACGUGCUCCGACAGAGGCUGGGAGCUCUGGAGACACAGCUGCUGCGCAAAGUGGCCGAGCUAGAGGAGGAGAAGAGCCAGCUGUACAACGAGACCGCCGCCCAUCGGCAACGCACCGAGAAUGCCCUCAACGCUCUUAUGGAACGCAUCACCGAGCUGGAGAAAAAUAAUAAUGCCUUCAAAUCACCUGAGGAUUUCAAGGUGUCCCUGCCUCUUCGUACUAAUUAUUUGUAUGGACGGAUUAAGAAGAGCCUUCCGGAAAUGUAUGCCUUCACUGUCUGCAUGUGGCUCAAGUCCAGCGCUAGCCCUGGCAUUGGAACCCCCUUUUCCUAUGGUGUCCCAGGACAGGCUAACGAGAUAGUCCUCAUCGAGUGGGGCAAUAAUCCUAUAGAACUUCUUGUUAAUGAUAAGGUGGCCCAACUGCCCCUGUCUGUGAGUGACGGCCGCUGGCACCACAUCUGCAUCACGUGGACCACCCGGGACGGCUUCUGGGAGGCGUACCAGGACGGGGAGCGCCUGGGUACCGGGGACAACCUGGCCCCCUGGCAUCCAAUUAAACCAGGAGGGGUCAUCAUCCUGGGCCAAGAGCAGGACAUCGUCGGAGGCCGCUUCGAUGCCACCCAGGCGUUUGUGGGUGAGCUCAGUCAGUUCAACAUGUGGGACCGGGUGCUGCGGCCGGUGGACAUUGUGGGCCUGGCCAACUGCUCUGCGUACAUGCCGGGAAAUGUGGUGCCCUGGGUGGAUGCCAACGUGGAGGUGUUCGGGGGCGCCAGUAAAGCUCCUCUGGAAAUCUGCGAAGACCGGGCAUUUGACUCAUAG